CUUACCACAUCCUUGCCAAGUUGCCAAGAGCCCAAGAUGCCGCUCCUCGUCCUCUCUCCCGUCAAUCAUUAUCCGGCAAGUGCUGUGUCCAAAGGCCUCACUGUUUUCCUCCUCGCUCCUCCAAGCAUCCAUGGAGACCAUAACCUCAGUGCUUCGAAACCACCACUAUUACCUUCCCUCUACUGCUAUAGCCAACCAUUAUUGCCUUCCCUCUACUUCUGCGACCACUCUUCCCACAAUCCAUUUCCGCCGGGAAGCCGCCUGUCUCCAUCCGGAAACCGCCUUUAGAAGCCUGUGUGCUCAAUUUCCCACCACCCGAGCGGUUUCACAAUCUGCCCACCUGAGUCCACCAACUGCUGAUUCGCUGGUGAGGAUUGUCACAGUGGUUGGUGAUGGCUCUGUUAGCCCCCUUAAGAGCACGCCAUGGGAGGAAGUCAUGCAACAUACUGCAGAGAGGCUAAAAUGGGUCGAUGAGGGUUAUGAAAUGCUUGUAUUUACUGACAGAGCACUUAUAUCUGAUGGCAUGGAUCAAAAAAACCUAAGAAGAGCAUUGUUGCAUGGAGACAUAUUGUUGGUUGUGGCAGUUACAAGUCAAAAUUCCGUUAGCUGGCUUGACCGUAAUACUCAAGAAAUUCAAAAUGUGGUAUACCUCGACUCAUCUGGUGACCUUAAGAACAAAUUAGGAGGCAAAAUCGUGAAUACUGAUGCACAUGGAAGUUUUUUUGGUAAAGUUGCUAAUUUAGUGAAAGGGCCUGAAGAGAAGGAAUCAGGUGAAAUCCUUAAACGAGUGUCUGAGUCAUGGGCACGGAGAAAUGCAGAUGACAUAAGGUUUUGCUUGUUGGUACUCAUCAAUUCAUAUGUUAGACCUGUUCCAAUAUUGAAAAACCUUAGAGCGAAGGGUUUCUCCACUCUGAAUUGUAUGGUGAAGAACUGUGGGACUGAGAUUCUAAACUGCCUUUUUGAUCCCAGCUGCAGAAAGGCUCUUCAAUGCCUGAACAGCUGUGGCCCCACUGAUCAGGUCUGUAGUUAUCGCUGUAUUGCCUCAUAUGAGAGCAAAAACCUAGAAGCCUUUUCUCUCUGUGUUUUGGAAAAGCACAACUGCCUUGGAAUGACUGCAGAGAUCUCUUCAAAACCUUAUGUUCCACCACUUUCCAUCUUUAGAGGGGAACAGUUGACUCAUGAAGCUGCAGAAGAUAUUUUUGUGGGGUGGUUGGGAAGGUUAGAUUGGAGUUGGCGGGUGAUUGCAGGUCAGAACCCUGCAUAUGACCAGUUCCCUUGUCAGUAUCAGCUAUUUUAUAGAGGUAAAGCCCGAGGAUCAUUCUGGUAUGAGCCAGUCUUCAGGGUGAAGACCCUAAGUGGAGAAAUGUUAUGGAGAAGAAGGCGCUACCGCGUUAGGCGGAGUUCUAUACCUGGGACAUUCUUUUUCACUGUUUUAGAUAAUGGCGUUGUGUCAAAGGAGUUCUGGACUAUCGUGGAUGUGUGUGAUGAUUUGAGCUGGGCACUGUUCCAUUACAGUGGCGCAGCUCGAGCAGCUGGGCAGUCUUACACAGGGGCAGUCCUUGUCAGCCCUGAUGGGAGUUGCCCAUCCAAGUCAAGCAGCGAAAGUCUUGCUUCUGCAUUAGAGAGGUGCUGUAUCAAAGACUGGGAGCUCUAUGCAGUUGACAACCGGUCAUGUGAAGGUCCUCCUCUAGGGAUUCCUGAAGGUUCUAGCCUCCAUCAGACAAUUAAUGUAAAUGAUCUGAAACCAUUCUUCGUUUAAAUGCACAUUCACUCUCUAGAUCUACUAUUUGCAUGAUUUGGGAGUCUCAGGGCAAGGUUGAGUAAAAUGCCAAAAUAUCUUGUCGUCGCAUCUUCACAUAGAGCUAAGAACCGUGGCUGUGUAUGCUGAAAGUCAGUCUUUUUACGUGCCUGAGUUGAUGGUAACUUGUACCGCCAUCUGCUUCUUCUAUUUUUUUUUUCCCUUUUUGACAAAUCCCAGGUCUGAUAGGUAGUCCUAAGUCGUUGCUAUUGAAUCUUGUAAAUUGUGUAUGUUUUAGUUUGUCUGUUUGUGGAUUACAUUCUGAUCAACUAUUCUGAGCGAUGGCAUGGUAAGUUAUCCUCAUCAUGAGUUACUGAAAAGCAACAUAAAGCUGCUGCUUCCUGGAAGCUUGACGCUGCACUUCUGCAAAAUCUCGGGAACAGCGAUACUUGUUGAAAAAUCAACAAGUUCUCCUGUGAUUCUUUUUUUCAUGUCUGCCUUGCGCGUCAUAUGGUUCUUGUAAACCUUUAAUGUAAAGUGAAGACCUCCUCAUUUCCUGUGUCAUGGCAAAGUUUCAAUUUACAA